GGCGCCAGGCAGAGUUGUUCCGACCCUGGUCCCGAAGACGUGAGGAGGUGAGGCAAGGGCGGCCUCCGAGGGGCCGGCGGGCGUACGGGCGGCGCGGAGCCGCGGGCCGUGCCGGGGGUGUCGGCGCUGGGGGUGGAUGUGAGAAGAGAAGUUUUGAACUGAAAUGGAGGUCAGAGCUUCAUUACAGAAGGUUACUGGGUCAUCGGAUCCUGUGGCUACACAAAACAGCGAAGAAUUUGUUUUGGUUUCUCAGCAUGCAGAUGAUACAUCUACAAAAGAUGAUGAAAAACCUCAACUGAAGAUUAUUUCUAAUGGUGAUGAACAAUUGGAAAAAGCCAUGGAAGAGAUUUUAAGAGAUUCUGAGAAAGGGCAAAGCAGGCUUGUUGAUUGCCAAGAUUGCAGUGAAAUUUCAGACCGUUCACUUGGAAAUGUUUCAGUCAGCCAAACAAAUAAGCCAUCUCUUCAUUUAAUUUUGGAUCCAUCGAAUAUUGAAAUUUCUACACCUAGACCAUCUUCUCCAAGUGAAUUACCUGAAGAAGAGAGCGUUUUAUUUAACAAACUGACCUACUUAGGGUGUAUGAAGGUUUCUUCCCCACGUAAUGAAGUGGAGGCCUUACGUGCAAUGUCAACUAUGAAAUCUUCCAGUCAGUACCCCUUUCCUGUUACUUUGUAUGUGCCAAAUGUGCCAGAAGGUUCUGUGAGAAUCAUAGACCAAUCCAACAAUAUGGAGAUAGCUUCUUUUCCAAUCUAUAAAGUGUUAUUCUGUGCACGUGGACAUGAUGGGACAGCAGAGAGCAACUGCUUUGCAUUUACCGAGAGUUCCCAUGGAUCAGAAGAUUUUCAGAUACAUAUUUUCACCUGUGAAAUUAAAGAGGCAGUAAGCAGAAUUUUAUAUAGUUUCUCUACAGCAUUCAAACGUUCUUCUAGACAAGUGUCUGAUGUUAAAGACUCAAUUAUUCCUGUCCCUGACAGUGAUGUAUUUACCUUCAGUGUCUCCUUGGAGGUGAAAGAAGAUGAUGGAAAAGGAAACUUUAGUCCCGUACCUAAGGAUAGAGAUAAAUUUUAUUUCAAAAUAAAACAGGGAAUAGAGAAGAAGGUUGUGAUUACAGUGAGGCAACUUUCUAACAAAGAAUUAGCUAUUGAAAGAUGUUUUGGAAUGUUAUUAAGCCCAGGUCGAAACGUGAAGAACAGUGACAUGCAUUUACUGGAUAUGGAAUCCAUGGGAAAGAGCUAUGAUGGCAGAGCUUACGUUAUCACUGGCAUGUGGAAUCCCAAUGUACCAAUAUUUUUGGCACUUAAUGAAGAAACCCCCAAAGAUAAACGCGUGUACAUGACUGUGGCAGUGGAUAUGGUAGUCACUGAGGUGGUGGAGCCUGUUCGCUUUCUCCUGGAAACAGUAGUACGCGUGUACCCUGCAAAUGAGCGAUUUUGGUAUUUCAGCAGAAAGACUUUUACAGAGACUUUCUUCAUGAGGUUGAAACAGUCCGAGGGAAAAUGCCAUAGCAGUGCUGGAGAUGCAAUAUAUGAAGUGGUGAGUCUGCAGCGAGAGUCUGAGAAGGAGGAGCCAAUCACUCCUACUAGUGGAGGGGGUCCAUUGUCACCCCAGGAGGAUGAAGCAGAAGAGGAGAGUGAUAAUGAACUCUCAAGUGGAACAGGAGAUGUAUCUAAGGAUUGUCCUGAGAAAAUCCUGUAUUCCUGGGGAGAACUGCUAGGAAGAUGGCACAGUAACCUUGGUGCACGACCAAAAGGGCUGUCCACUCUGGUGAAGAGUGGCGUUCCCGAAGCAUUGAGGGCAGAGGUGUGGCAGCUGUUAGCUGACUGCCAUGACAACCAGGCAAUGCUGGAGAGAUACCGACUUCUUAUCACAAAGGACUCAGCCCAGGAGAGUGUUAUUACUCGAGAUAUCCAUCGUACAUUUCCUGCACAUGAUUACUUUAAAGAUACUGGAGGAGAUGGCCAGGAAUCGCUUUACAAGAUCUGCAAAGCCUACUCUGUCUACGAUGAGGACAUUGGGUACUGUCAAGGACAGUCUUUUCUUGCUGCUGUAUUGCUGCUGCAUAUGCCAGAGGAACAAGCAUUCUGUGUUUUGGUGAAAAUCAUGUAUGACUAUGGUUUACGAGACCUCUACAAAAACAACUUUGAAGAUCUUCAUUGCAAAUUCUAUCAGUUGGAGAGACUAAUGCAGGAGCAGUUACCGGACCUGCACAACCAUUUUUGUGAUCUGAACCUGGAAGCUCAUAUGUAUGCAUCGCAGUGGUUUCUUACUCUUUUCACUGCCAAGUUCCCACUCUGCAUGGUCUUCCACAUCAUUGACUUACUGCUUUGUGAGGGUUUGAACAUAAUCUUUCAUGUAGCCUUGGCUCUCCUAAAGACCUCAAAGGAAGAUCUUCUGCAGGCUGAUUUUGAAGGUGCUUUAAAGUUUUUCAGAGUUCAGCUUCCAAAGAGAUACAGGGCAGAGGAAAAUGCAAGAAGAUUGAUGGAGCAAGCUUGCAACAUUAAGGUACCAACCAAGAAGCUGAAGAAAUAUGAGAAAGAAUAUCAGACAAUGCGGGAGAGCCAGCUGCAGCAGGAAGACCCAAUGGAUAGAUACAAGAGGGAGAACCGCAGAUUACAGGAGGCCAGCAUGAGGUUAGAACAAGAGAAUGAUGACCUCGCCCACGAACUCGUAACCAGCAAAAUUGCUCUGCGGAAUGACUUGGAUCAGGCAGAAGACAAGGCAGAUGUGUUGAAUAAGGAGCUUCUCUUGACCAAACAGAGGCUGGUGGAAACCGAGGAAGAGAAGAGGAAGCAAGAGGGAGAGACUGCCCAGCUAAAAGAAGUCUUUAGGAAACAGCUAGAAAAGGCAGAAUAUGAAAUAAAGAAGACCACAGCUAUCAUUGCUGAGUAUAAACAGAUCUGUUCCCAGUUAAGUACCAGGCUGGAGAAACAGCAGGCAUCCAGCAAGGAGGAGCUGGAAGUGGUAAAGGGUAAAAUGAUGGCGUGUAAACACUGCAGUGACAUUUUCAGCAAGGAGGGCACUUUGAAACUAGCAGCCACAAGCAGAGAGGACCAGGGACUCGAACUGGAUGACGAGAAGGACUCACUCAAGAAGCAGCUGAGGGAGAUGGAGCUGGAAUUGGCACAAACCAAACUGCAGCUGGUGGAGGCCAAGUGUAAGAUCCAGGAACUUGAACAUCAGAGAGGAGCCCUUAUGAAUGAAAUCCAAGCUGCCAAAAACUCUUGGUUUAGCAAAACCCUGAACUCUAUCAAAACGGCCACGGGCACCCAGCCACUGCAGCUGCCACAGGUGACCCAGCCACCCAAGGAGAGCACAUAGUUCUCGCCGCACCCAAGCACAACAGUCAGAGCGACGGAAACCCAGUAGGCUUCUCCCUGGUGUCCCCUGUGAAGGAAAAUAAAGCAGGCCAGAAAGCAAGCCAGAAUCUUUUGCAUAGCUCUCACUCUUUCUUGUAUGACACUUUUCAAAGGGAUGUUAUUUAAACUGAUCUGAUUUGUGUUGAAUACCCGUUUCAAGCUUCUUCAUGGAAGGCUGUGUUCAGAUCCAUCAUGGUAUUAUAUUAUUUUAUAUGCCUGAUGUUUAGUUGAAAAUAAGUGAUUUAGAACUAAAUGCUUUUUAUUUAGAACUAAUUAUUCAUAAUUAUUUUUAUCGUACAUAAAAAUGGAGAUGUCUUCUAUUCCAAGGUUAAAGUGACAGGAAGAUAUUUGUCAUAGAAAAAAAAAAGACUGAAACCUAAACUUCUUAACUUUUCAGAAUUUAUUCUGAUAAAGCACACUGUGGGGCCAGUCAUGACCACUAUUAGGUUUCCUCCUGAAACUGAUUCCCUGGAUAGUGAUAAUCAUGUCACAGGAAAGAACAGACCUAGGACUGAGCAGUCUCCCAAGAGAAUUAGUUUAUUUUCAUUUCCCGUUGGGUACAUCUGGAAAUGAAAUACCAAGAAUCAUGGAAUAAGAUAGGCUGUUGAUAAAAAGAACUAGAUUUUGAUAAACACAGGAUAAAAUAAGUCAUUUUAGCCCUGGAAUUCUAACACAUUCUUUUAAGAACUCUGCCUGGUAAUUGCAAGCUCCUUUAGUAUGAGCACAGUUGUGACUUCUGGCAAAACCUAAAGUCAGAAGUGGAUAUUCCAAGUUGCAGUGUUAGGGAACCUUCACCAGGGAAGCCUAGCAAGGCCCAGGUUCAGCCAUUGUGCUUAGGCUAGAAUUCAGAACCAGGGACAGGGUAUUUCAUUGAAUGUUGACAUACACUUGCUUAAGAAAACACUAACAUACUGUACCUUUGUUAAAGUUAUGAAAUAGGAACUAGAUAGAGGUCAGCUUCACAUCAUCUUAAUAUACUGUUAGGCAACUUUUCCUGAUUUCUAGCUCCCUAAAAAUGUGUCCUUGGUCCCUCUAGGUGAAAAGAGGCAAAUGCAUUUGUAACAUUUUUGAUUGACUAUGAAAUCUUUAUAGAAAUACCUAUCUCAUGGAAAGGUAAAGCUGUUGUUUAAAAGUUGAUGGAAAUAUUUUUUUCAAUUAUAGUUAACAUGUCUAUAUAAAUAGUCCUUGCAGGGAAUCCUCUGGUAAGGGCAAAUCUAAUUUUUCCAUUUUCUAAGCUCUUUUGGAGGCCUUUGGUCCUUUGAUGCCUACCAAACUACUGUCUGCUAUGUACAGUAACAUUUAUUGUGAAUCUCAUCCUUGGCUUCAUUGUUGAACAUAUUAUUUGCAAAGGAUCUUAAACUCUGUAGUACCAUUGUGAUUCUCAUCUGUGCCAUAUGUUGCAAUUAAAAGUAACACACUCUUGCAAGUAAAUAAGAGCUGCCUCAAAUCCAGGAGCUUGCACUACAAGUUGCUCAUGGUGGAUCCUUCCCUCUCUAAAAAGUGAAGCCCCCUGCACUGGUAAGUGUUCAUAUCAUUACAGCUCAUAAAACUGAUGGGGUUUUUUCUUAUCCUUUGUUACACUCAUCAAAUAAUACUUUCUUACAGAAUUCGCUUUUUUGUUGUUAUUCUGAUACCUUUCAUCAUAAUAUUCAUUUCCUUUUACUAAAAAAGGAAAAUAAUCCAUCAUUCCAAGGGUCUCUGUUAAUGUAAAGAUUCCCUACAUAGUGGUUUAGUAAAGCUAAUAUAUAUAUGAUAUAUAUCAUAUAUAUUAGUAUAAUGGCUAGAAAAUUGCAUUGGUACUUAUUUCUGUAAAUCAUUUAGUAUAAUUUGUUGGCUUUACUGGUACUUUAUGCUUUGAUUUCAAGAAGCCUUGUACAAGUUGCCUUAUCAAAUGGCCAGCUAAAUUAAAAAGGUUCUUUUAUGUUUUGUGCAUCUCA